AUUUUUCUGGCCAAUUGUAAAUAAUAUAAUGCCAAAGAAUCUAAGAAUCUACUAUGUAAACAAAAAGAAAUAAAACUCUUUACAUAAGUAUCUUCUAUCUAAAAUCCAUUAAUUUUAACAACUAUUUAUAAAGCCAUUUGCAAUGGAGACAAUAAAUGUUGGAAGACGAUGGGUUGUUAAUAAGAUCAUGAGUUAUAUGAGAAAAUACUUUACUUCAAUUUCAUUUGAAAAUAUUCAGGUGGAAAUGUUAAAAGGAAAUUGUUCCUUUGAAGAAUUAGAUAUUAAUGUGAAAGUGUUAGAAGAAGAAUUAAAAUUACCAUUUAACAUAAUAAGUGGUCACAUUCACAAUUUAAAAUUUGAAUUACCAUGGUAUAGAUUGUUGUCUAAUGUUGAGAUUAAAAUCGAAACAAUUGAUAACUAUGGCGUGAAGGACGGAUUAAAGAUACCUUUCAGUGAAGGCACUUUUACAGUUAAAGAUGAGAAAAAAAAAGUGUUAAACAAUGUUAGAAAAUAUCAUAAGGAAGGAUAA